UAAUUUAAUCAAAGUUGAAAAACGCAAGAAAGAGAAAUUUUAUCUUCCUUUUCUUUCCAUGAAAAAGCUUCAUUCUUCUUUUUGAAGCAAGCCAAAUGACAGAAGGGUAGCUCUAGAUUGGAACCGGAGGGGUUCUUGGUUUGAAUUUGAUUUCUUCACCAUCAGCGCGACGGACGCAGCUCAGCUGCUCAAUCUUUGGUUUUUGGCUAGUAGACAGAGUUGAAGAUUCUCUGGGAAGAAGCGUGUUUACUGAUUGGUUAUGGCGUCUAAGUCAUUUAAGCUGACUCGUUCAAAUCUAUCAUCAACUUCUGAUGUGUCUGAUGCACAGAAGCAGCCAAUGCCGCAGACUGUAACUUUUGCUCGAAGAACUUCGUCUGGUCGAUAUGUUAGCUAUUCGAGGGAUGAUCUUGAUAGUGAACUUGGGAGUGGUGACUUUACAAACUACACAGUGCAUAUACCGCCAACACCUGACAAUCAGCCGAUGGAUCCAUCCAUCUCACAGAAGGUUGAAGAGCAAUACGUCUCGAAUUCGCUUUUUACAGGAGGAUUUAAUAGCGUGACACGAGCUCAUCUUAUGGAUAAGGUAAUUGAAUCUGAAGCAACCCAUCCUCAAAUGGCUGGCACAAAAGGAUCUUCCUGUCAAGUACCAGGGUGCGAUGCAAAAGUUAUGAGUGAUGAACGUGGUAACGACAUUCUCCCCUGUGAGUGCGACUUCAAGAUAUGUCGAGAUUGCUAUGUGGAUGAAGUUAAAUCAGGGAAUGGGAUAUGCCCUGGUUGCAAGGAGCCUUAUAAGAACAAAGAUAUUGAUGAAAUAACUGCUGAACAUGGGCGUCCCCUGCCACUUCCUCCCACACGCACAAUGUCAAAGGGCGAGAGAAGAUUGUCAUUAAUGAAAUCAACAAAGUCCAUGAUGGUGAGGAGUCAAACUGGAGUUGGAGAUUUUGAUCAUAAUAGGUGGCUUUUUGAAACAAAGGGUACUUACGGGUAUGGAAAUGCGAUAUGGCCAAAGGAUGGGGUUACAGGAAAUGGAAAUGAUAAAGAUGAUGAGGCUGGUGAGCCAAAAGAAUUUAUGAACAAACCUUGGAGGCCAUUGACACGGAAGCUUAAAAUUCGUGCUGCUGUUCUCAGCCCGUAUAGGCUUCUAAUUCUUGUUCGUAUGGUUGUUCUUGGAUUUUUUUUGGCUUGGAGGGUUCGGCAUCCAAACACAGAUGCAUAUUGGUUGUGGGCAAUGUCAGUUGUAUGUGAACUAUGGUUUGCUUUUUCUUGGCUUCUAGAUCAAUUGCCCAAGCUUUGCCCUGUUAAUCGGGCCACAGAUCUUAAUGUUCUGAAGGAUAAGUUUGAAACACCUAGCCCUAGUAAUCCUACUGGAAAAUCUGAUCUUCCAGGAAUAGAUGUCUUUGUUUCUACUGCAGACCCAGAAAAAGAGCCUCCUCUCGUCACUGCAAACACAAUCUUGUCAAUUUUAGCUGCCGACUAUCCUGUUGAAAAGCUUGCUUGCUACGUUUCAGAUGACGGAGGUGCACUUCUAACUUUUGAGGCCAUGGCAGAAGCAGCAAGUUUUGCUAACACAUGGGUUCCUUUCUGUCGAAAACACGAUAUUGAACCUAGGAAUCCUGAGUCUUACUUCAAUCUGAAGAGAGAUCCAUUCAAGAAUAAAGUGCGAUCAGAUUUUGUCAAGGAUCGGAGACGUGUGAAACGUGAAUACGAUGAAUUCAAGGUUCGCAUAAAUGGACUUCCUGAUUCUAUUCGUCGUCGAUCUGAUGCCUAUCAUGCAAGGGAGGAAAUCAAAGCUAUGAAGCGUCAGAGGCAAAAUGUUGGUGACAAUGAACCUCUGGAGACUAUAAAAAUCCCUAAAGCAACAUGGAUGGCCGAUGGAACCCAUUGGCCUGGAACUUGGAUGCAACCUUCUGCCGAACACUCCAAGGGUGACCAUGCUGGAAUAAUACAGGUGAUGCUUAAACCUCCAAGUGAUGAACCGCUACAUGGCACUGCUGAUGAAACUAAACUACUUGACCUAUCGGAUGUUGAUAUCCGUCUUCCUCUACUUGUUUAUGUUUCUCGAGAAAAACGUCCUGGCUAUGAUCAUAACAAAAAAGCAGGGGCCAUGAAUGCUCUAGUUCGUGCAUCAGCUAUUAUGUCAAAUGGACCAUUUAUCCUCAAUCUUGAUUGUGACCAUUAUAUAUACAACUCUCAGGCAAUGAGAGAAGGAAUGUGUUUCAUGAUGGACCGUGGAGGUGAUCGUAUUUGUUACGUUCAGUUCCCUCAAAGGUUUGAGGGCAUUGAUCCUUCAGACCGAUAUGCCAAUCACAACACUGUGUUCUUUGACGUUAACAUGCGAGCCCUUGAUGGACUUCAAGGUCCAGUAUAUGUUGGAACAGGAUGUCUCUUUAGAAGGAUUGCUCUUUAUGGUUUUGACCCUCAUAGAUCUAAAGAGCAGCACCCUGGUUGUUGUAGCUGCUGCUUCGGUAAACGUAAAAGACAUACAUCGAUUUCAAAUAACCCCGAAGAGCAUCGUGGCCUAAGAAUGGGUGACUCUGAUGAUGAAGAGAUGGACCUAUCCUUGUUCCCGAAAAGGUUUGGAAAUUCUGCUUUUCUUGUUGAUUCGAUUCCAAUUGCUGAGUUUCAAGGACGCCCAUUAGCUGAUCAUCCAGCUGUGAAGUAUGGACGUCCUCCCGGUGCUCUUACCAUUCCUCGUGAGCUACUGGAUGCAUCAACUGUUGCAGAGGCGAUCAGUGUCAUUUCUUGUUGGUAUGAAGAUAAGACCGAAUGGGGCCAACGGGUUGGCUGGAUUUAUGGAUCUGUCACAGAAGAUGUGGUCACUGGGUACAGGAUGCAUAAUAGGGGAUGGAAGUCCAUUUACUGUGUGACUAAACGUGAUGCUUUUCGUGGAACUGCACCGAUCAAUCUCACUGAUAGGCUGCAUCAAGUCCUCCGGUGGGCUACCGGGUCAGUGGAGAUUUUCUUCUCCAGAAAUAAUGCACUCUUGGCUAGUCCAAGAAUGAAGAUUUUGCAAAGAAUAGCCUACCUUAACGUUGGAAUCUACCCUUUCACUUCCAUCUUCCUCAUAGUCUACUGUUUCCUCCCUGCACUUUCCUUAUUUUCGGGGCAAUUUAUAGUUCAGACUCUCAACGUCACUUUCCUCACCUAUCUUUUAGUCAUCACCAUCACUCUAUGCCUGCUUGCUGUUCUUGAAAUUAAAUGGUCUGGCAUUGAAUUAGAAGAGUGGUGGAGAAAUGAGCAGUUUUGGUUGAUUGGAGGUACCAGUGCUCAUCUUGCUGCUGUGCUUCAAGGUUUGCUAAAAGUCAUUGCUGGGAUUGAAAUUUCUUUCACCUUGACAUCCAAAUCAGCUGGUGAUGAUGUAGAUGACGAAUUUGCGGAUCUCUACAUCGUGAAGUGGACCUCCCUCAUGAUUCCACCUAUCACAAUCAUGAUGAUUAACCUAAUCGCCAUUGCGGUUGGGGUCAGUCGCACAAUCUACAGUACAAUUCCACAAUGGAGUCGCUUGAUAGGUGGCGUUUUCUUCAGUUUCUGGGUUCUUGCUCAUCUCUACCCCUUCGCCAAGGGGCUCAUGGGAAGAAGAGGAAGAACACCGACCAUUGUUUUCGUGUGGUCGGGACUUCUCGCCAUCACUAUCUCCCUCCUCUGGGUGGCCAUUAGCCCCCCAGGUGAUACAAAUCAAAUCGGAGGUUCGUUCUCUUUCCCUUGAAUGCUGAUUGUUUGUUCAUUGAGUUGGAAAUCAUGUCCUAAAGCCAUUGUCUUGGGGCACUUUUGUUUUUUCAUCACUGUAGUAGAGGACAGUUAGAAUUGUAUUGAGAAUAGAAACACAUCAUUUCUUCAUAUGUAAGCAUGUAGGGUAUCUACAACUUCUUAUUUUGUGAUCAUGUUAUUCAUUUUUAGACUACAACAUAGAGGGAUCUACAAUAGGAUUGAUCAAGAAUGUAAGCCCUAACAUUAUAGGGACGAACAUUUUUCAGAAACUAGCUUACUCCCCAUUACUCAACAAGUUAAUUUACAUUCAUAUUAUUUCUUAUCAA